CGGGACACAGCCCCCAAACUUUCCCGGGAAUUUCUGCCGCUGGAAGGGCUGGGAAGGUCGGAGGAGGCGGCCCCGCAGCCCCCCCGGUUGUGCCCGGUGUCCCCCCCAGCCCCGGUCCGCACCGGAGCCCCUCGGCCGCCGCCGCCCCCCGACCAUGGCAGCGCUGCCCGGGACGGUGCCGCGGAUGAUGCGCCCGGCGCCGGGGCAGAACUACCCCCGCACCGGCUUCCCGCUGGAAGUGUCCACGCCGCUGGGCCAGGGCAGGGUGAACCAGCUCGGAGGGGUUUUCAUCAACGGGCGCCCGCUGCCCAACCACAUCCGCCACAAGAUCGUGGAGAUGGCGCACCACGGCAUCCGGCCCUGCGUGAUCUCCCGGCAGCUGCGCGUCUCCCACGGCUGCGUCUCCAAAAUCCUCUGCCGCUACCAGGAGACGGGAUCCAUCCGGCCCGGGGCCAUCGGCGGCAGCAAGCCCAGGCAGGUCGCGACUCCCGACGUGGAGAAGAAAAUCGAGGAAUACAAGCGGGAGAACCCCGGGAUGUUCAGCUGGGAGAUCCGGGACCGGCUGCUCAAGGACGGCCACUGCGACCGCAGCACGGUGCCCUCAGUGAGUUCGAUUAGCCGCGUGCUCCGCAUCAAAUUCGGCAAGAAGGAGGAGGACGAGGACUGCGACAAGAAGGAGGAGGACGGCGACAAGAAGGCCAAGCACAGCAUCGACGGCAUCCUGGGCGACAAAGGGAACCGCCUGGACGAGGGCUCGGACGUGGAGUCGGAGCCGGACCUGCCGCUGAAGCGGAAGCAGCGCCGCAGCCGCACCACGUUCACGGCGGAGCAGCUGGAGGAGCUGGAGAAGGCCUUCGAGAGGACCCACUACCCCGACAUCUACACCCGCGAGGAGCUGGCCCAGCGCACCAAGCUCACCGAGGCCCGCGUGCAGGUGUGGUUCAGCAACCGGCGGGCGCGCUGGCGCAAGCAGGCCGGAGCCAACCAGCUGGCAGCCUUCAACCACCUGCUGCCGGGGGGCUUCCCGCCCACGGGCAUGCCCGCGCUGCCCCCGUACCAGCUGCCCGACUCCUCGUACCCCAGCACCACCAUCUCCCAAGACGGCGGCAGCACCGUGCACCGGCCGCAGCCGCUGCCGCCCUCCACCAUGCACCAGGGCGGCCUGGCCGCCGCCGCCGACUCCGGCUCUGCCUACGGCGCCCGGCACAGCUUCUCCAGCUACUCCGAGAGCUUCAUGAACGCCGCAGCCCCCGCCAACCACAUGAACCCCGUCAGCAACGGCCUCUCCCCGCAGAAGCAGGGUGCCCAAAACAAGAUGCAGUGCUCCCGCUGGAACCUCACCAUAGCCCUGAACAAUCAGGUGAUGAGCAUCCUGAGCAACCCCAGCGGGGUCCCGCCGCAGCCCCAGGCUGAUUUCUCGAUCUCUCCCCUCCACGGCGGCCUGGACAGCACCAACUCCAUCUCGGCCAGCUGCAGCCAGCGCAGCGACUCCAUCAAGUCCGUGGAGAGCCUCCCGACCUCGCAGUCCUACUGUCCCCCCACCUACAGCACCACCAGCUACAGCGUGGACCCCGUGGCCGGCUACCAGUACGGCCAGUACGGCCAGACCGCCGUGGAUUACCUGGCCAAGAACGUCAGCCUGUCCACGCAGCGCCGCAUGAAGCUGGGCGAGCACUCGGCCGUGCUGGGGCUGCUGCCGGUGGAGACGGGCCAGGCCUACUGAGAGC